UCUGUGGGAAAUACCCAGUUGCUGCAGUUGCUGAUGAUUUCACGGCAGCAGCAGUGAAACACAGAGUGCGCUCUGAUAGCUGGUUACUGAAUGAGAUACUGCAAAUGGGUGGAAAGAAAAAAGACAGCGUGUGAAAGAGAGUCAGAGAGACACAGAGAAGGAAACUGAGAGAAAGGAAAGUGCUCUGGCUCGAGCAGAGUCUCCCAGGUGUAUUGCAGAAGCUUUUUGGAAAUGGAUGCAAGGACCAUCUGCUGCCUAUAGAUUAGAGGGCUGUAGACUAGGAGCAGAGAGAAUGAGUUUAUGGCUCUUUUGAAUAAAAAUUGAAGUUCUGCAUAACUGAUUAUUCGAGAUAAAUUAGGAGUAUGCUCUUGUGUGGCAUAUUAGUGUAUAAAUCCAUGCCACAGAUAGACAGAGUGCAGCCUACAUUGCUAUAAAAAACAAAAACAGCAACAGUGCAGUGAAUAAAUUCGGCAGUGAUUAUCUGAUUUAUGUGCAAAGAAAAAGAGACGCAAAACACAGACAUUUCUUAUUGCACCGUGGCAUUUACAAGGCACUGCAUUUAAUACUGAGAGAUGUUAUACAUUAAAUCUGACAGCUGUAAAAAGAGAGAUCAUGGAGAAGUCAAGUAGUGAGGAUUCUUCAAUUCACCGGAGUCCAUCUUUGGAUAGCAAAGACUCAGAUUUUGCUAAACCUUCUACCUCAGGGAGGCAAUUUGGUCGAGGUUUUACUGCUGGAGCUUUCUAUGGUACCACUGGAUCACGCACACAGAGCCAUGCUGGUGUUGGAACUGGGACCGGCAUUGGAACUGGGACUGGCGUGAAAAGUGACAAAUACAACGCACCCAAAGGCAGCAAAUACGUGGUCUUUUACCUGGAUCUAUCCUUUGUUUUUCUUUUAGAAUUUAAGAAGUGCAACAUGGCAAGAGGCUGCCUGUGUUGUUUGAAAUACAUGAUGUUCCUUUUCAAUUUAAUAUUUUGGUUAUGUGGCUGUGGGCUGCUGGGUGUGGGCAUCUGGCUGUCAGUGUCACAAGGAAACUUUGCCACAUUUUCGCCUAGCUUUCCGUCACUUUCAGCUGCCAAUCUUGUCAUUGCCAUUGGCACUGUCGUCAUGGUGACCGGCUUUCUGGGCUGCCUAGGUGCUAUCAAGGAAAACAAGUGCCUCCUGUUGAGUUUUUUCGUCAUUUUGCUGAUAAUUCUCCUGGCAGAGCUGAUACUACUCAUUCUGUUCUUUGUUUAUAUGGACAAGGUUAGUGAGAGUGCAAAGAAGGAUCUGAAAGAAGGUAUGAAGCUAUACAAUUCAGAAAAUAAUGUUGGACUGAAAAAUGCAUGGAAUAUCAUUCAAGCAGAGAUGAAAUGCUGUGGUGUGAAUGACUUUACAGACUGGUACCCAGUGCUGGGAGAAAAUACUGUCCCAGACCGAUGUUGUAUGGAAAACUCCCAAGACUGUGGCCGGAACUCCACGGAAUUAGUGUGGAGAACGGGAUGUUAUGAAAGAGUUAUGACCUGGUUUGAUGAGAAUAAGCAUGUCCUUGGUUUGAUUGGGAUGUGCAUCCUCAUAAUGCAGAUUCUUGGCAUGGCCUUCUCCAUGACACUCUUCCAGCAGAUUCACAGGACUGGCAAAAAAUAUGAUGCCUAAAGCCUCUGAAACAUUAUCACAUCAACUCAUUUGUCUCAUCAUAAAAGAGAACAAAAGGAGUGACCACAAAGAGUGACCUGGCCCUGCUGAGGGAAUCCGUCCCAUUGACUGAUCUACUUUGUUGUUACUUGUCCAGUUAUUAUCACAACUUGUUAUUUGACUCAUUUUUUUAUCUGUUUCACAUUUGCCAUUUAUUUGCCAAAGAGGGGGGAAACCCCCCAAACAAAUGGAUUUUCUACAUGAAAUCAUAGAUCUUCUCUAAGAAUGUUUCUUAACUUAAGAAAAUGUUUUGCUCUACUAAUCCAUGCUUUAUGUGCAAAAAUUCUGUGUGUUCAACUUCAAGGGAAAAUUCUUCAGAGUCUUCCAGUAGGUUCUCAACCAUCAUGUCCAAUUUAUUGGAAGACUCAGAAAAGCCACUCUGAGAGUCAUAGGCUGCUUUCCUUUGCAGCUUCUUGUACGUUACGGUGUAUACUUUUUCUUAUAAUGAUGAUGAUCAUUGUUAUUAUUAUUGUUAUUAUUGAUAUAGCUUAGAAUUUAGUUGCCUGACUUACAACUUCUUACUGGUUUUGGUUUUACACAUUUAUUGUACAUUAAUUUGGGAACCACUGUGCGAUCUCCAGAGGACAUGUUUUUAAAAGUUGACAGCUGGUGAGGGCAAAUAAAGACAUAAAUUUUCUCAUCAAUGGGGAGGUAUUGUCUACCUUUAUCAGGACUUUGAUGCCCUUGCUGUAACAAAGGUGGUUCCUUUCAAAUCAGGAGCUUUUUCCUCAGAUGGAAUGCAUUCCCUUUCCAUUGGACCAGAUGGCGAACUUCCUAGUCCUGUGAGGCGAAGUUCUGAUGCCUUUACUUACUGAAAGCAAGAUCUGACUGCUUUCAUGUCAUUCUAUUUUGAAAGCUAAAAGUACUAUCUAAGCAAGUUACUGCUUCCUGGCACAAGGAGAGAGAUUGCAGUCUGACCUACUGGCCAAGACAUGGCAUGCUGCUGGAUAUGAGGGAAGGGGAUGGCAAUUUAAUGGCAACAUUGUCAUACCAGCCCCUUGAUUGAAAGGGUUUCCUCAGGUAGAUGACAGCUGUCUCCCUGAGCUGGAAAAGGUGGUGUGAUUAAAGGUGACCCAGAUGAUAAAGGAAAGGGGCGCUUUCCAGAACAACACUCAGAGACAGUACGUGUUGUCAUGCCUUCAGUACAGAAUUGGUUCUUGCUGACGGAUGUCUAUCCAAUGGCAGAGUUCAGUGCAAUGCAUAUUUUUACCAACAUUCCUGUUAGAAAACUGGAACAUACAUUUCUCUAGUUUGAAUUCUGCUUCAUUGCAAGCAUCCCCCAUUUACCUUUUGUACCUUUUUGCUGUUUUGUGAAGGAAGAAGGAAAGGCUCAGACAUCGGAGGAUGUUCUGAUUUAACUCCAGUCAGGCCUUGAGCUAGCUCUGAAAGAAACACUGCUUUUUAUAUUAGCAGCAGUCAGAAGUGACCUUCAGAGGUUACCAAUGUCACUCUCAAAGGGAUACUGUAAUCUGUGAGGUAAGGCUUAUUGAGAAUGGAGAUUAUGUGCCUAUCAGAGCCAUGCCAUGUCAAAGUACUCCUCUGGUAAACAAGUUUCUCUUAAUAUCCAGUCUGAAUAUUUAUAAUUUAAACUCUUAAAAGAUACAAAAGAUACAAUUUUCAUUGUAUCAUUCAGCUUAUUGUUUCUUUCUGGGCUGAAAUAGCUUUUGAGCCACUUCCUAUCUGGGAGUUUUUAGUCUCCUGUUCAUCUUUCUAGUAGGUUCUGCAUGCAUCUGUACAUCGGGAAGCAGUAGUGUUUUGGGUGACCUAUUUGUCACUUUUUUUAGUUCCUCUGAAAUGAGCGUGACAGGAAGAAGUGUGAAUGUGUGGGAGGUAGAGAUGAAUUUGGGUGUUGCAGUGAAGAAGGAUGUUACUGUUCUUAGAGCAUGGCCCUUGCCCUUAUGAGGAUAAGGCCCAAAGUUUCACAGGCCUCGUUUCCUCCUGAAGCAGGUAAUGCCAUAUAGGUUCAGCUAUUUCAUUUGGAUUGCCUUUGAAAGAGGCAGGGGAGAAGCAGAGGGAAAGCACAGAAACUGAAUCCAGUUUUACUUUCCUUUCUAACAAAAAUUGGGACCAGGAGCAUCUGAGCCCCACUGGAGAUGGAUUUUCCAUGUUGAUGAAGUGGCUCCAAUGCCCAGUGUAAUUGCUGCUACAUGUAAGACUGUACCCAAAGUUUCUAAGAUGUGUUUCCAUUUUUUCAAGAAAAGACAGGAUUAUUUUCAUCUGAUGGUUCUACUGCAUUCUCCCUUUGGGCAGAGGUGCUUAGCUUUCUCCAGCUUUCUCCAGCAUUCAAAAAGAGUAGGGUGUAGGGCUGAACAGGAGCAUCAUCUCUGUCCUUUUGGGGUCACACAGUGGUAUCUGCCACAUCUUAAAUUUUAAUCUGCAGCCAAUUUUUGUACAAAAAAUAGAUAAUAAAUAAAAGUAAAAUAUAUUAGUGAAAGUAAUAUGGAAAUAAGUUUAUGAGUAACUCAGAGAUUAAAUGUGUAGUUGCAAACUCAGCUACUUUGCCUUCCAUCCAAACUUAUUUUUCUAGAAUGCUUCAUUCCAUUUCACGAUCUAGUAGCAUAGAUCCUGAAGUCUUUUUUAAUUAGUACUUUUGGCAGUUUAAGCACAGCAUUAAGUGAGAUAGUUACAUGAGCUUCAUGUAUUCGUCUCUAUGAAGCCACCUACAGGAAUGGAGUCAAAAGUAGGGCUGAUUUCUGUCUCUAGCUGACUCUCAGAUGUGGGAGGUGAUGACAGACAUCCUGAAAGGAGUGGAAAAGCAAUGCCAUUUUCCAAGCAACAAGAAACAGCCCUUAAAAGUGUGAGGCUGCAUCAAUCAGUUUGUCAGAGAAGGCACUAACUAUCCUGUAAAAGGGAGCUUUGGCUCAUGUAUGUAUGCACUUUUUUUGCUUAUGCUGGUGGGUGGCUGGCUGUGUGUUUUCCCCAAAUGUCACUGAUUAUUUAAUUUUUUAGCAUGUUUUAAAAUAAAAACUGAUACUGAGUAAAAGUAUCUUGAAUAUACACAAAUAUUGAUUUGUAUAAAUUCAUACCUCUCUGUAUCUCUAAUUCAUGAAAGCACAGAUCAAGUGUGUGAAAGUGCCGUUUCCCUGACUGUUCCUUCAGACUGUAGCACCCCUGCUGUCUCACUGUGCUUCAGGCUUGGCAACUGCAGCAGAACUUGAGCAGAGACAUAAUAGGAGAACUUCUUGAAGAACCUCUGCUUGAAAGCUGUUGAUAGCAGUGAAUUCUGUUCCCUCUUGGUGGUACAGAGCACCUGUUUGUUAUAGGCUGUUAGUUAUAGGAAGCCCAGGUGUUCAAAAGAAGUGCCCAUAGUGAAGUAGCAUGUGAGAUGAUAAAAACAAUGGUGUAAAUGUCUCCAAAAUGAAAGAAGAUGCCUUGUAUAUGUCAUGCAUUGUGUUCCUGGACUAUGGUCAUGUUAGGCCAACUCUCCUAUCUUGUGUCCAACCCCCAUUUGUAUGCAUGAAAUGCAAACUCACACACAGGAAGGGUGCAGGCACAGGGCAGCCGAACUAAUCCUCAUGGUCUUUCUUGGGAAGUGUGUUUGUUGGGCAUAGAAAAAGCAAGGAGGAAAAGGGUGUUUUCCCAGCAGAUGGAUUUUUGGAGUACCAUUGAAUAGGGCACAUGUAAUUCUGAUGUAAAUUCUUUCCAUAGGGUUGAGCAGCUUCAUCCUGUAGUUGGCAUGAGGAAACCUGGAGAUGUUUGCCUAUGGGCUAGCCAUCUGUUGUGCAGUAGGUAGUAGACACUAAGAAACAACAUGCCAAUCCCACCAGGUGAUGUUUGCACCAGUGUUUCUUCUAUGCAAUACCUACUUUCGCCUUUAUAUAAAAGAUUUUUACUCAGAUGAUAUAAAAAUAAAGGAUUUUUUAAAAGGU